CCGCCUUAGCAUCCGCGCAUCCGCACCCGACCCGCCUCGCCCAUAGCAUCCGCGCAUCCGCACCCGACCCGUGUCGCCCAUAGCAGCCGAGCACCCGCAUCCGACACGUUCCCAGCUCUAGCAGUUCAAGCUUUCCCUGCUCGCCUCGCCGCCGCCGCCGCCGCCGCCAGCCAUGGGUCGCACCAAGGAGGAGCUCCUCGCGCGCCUCGAGGAGCUUAAGAUCGAUUUCAAGCGCCACGACCACCCGGUUGUGCUGACGGUCGAGGAGCAGGCCAAACAUGUGGGAAAUUUCGGAGGCGCUUUGACCAAGAAUCUACUUCUGAAGGACAAGAAACAUCGGUUGUACAUUGUUUCUGCACUUGCUGACACCAAAGUUGACAUGAAAAUUCUGUCCCAGCGUCUUGGUUUGGGAAAAGGUGGUGUGCGGAUGGCUCCUGAGGAGAAUUUGCGUCAAGUGCUUCAGGUACCGUUAGGAUGUGUUACUCCGUUUGCGCUAUUCAAUGAGUCCGCGAGUGCCGUCUCAUUAUUACUGGACCAAGGGUUCAAGUCUAAACAGAGCUGCUACUUCCAUCCACUGACAAAUGAUGUGACUAUUGCCCUCAGUUCAAGCAACCUGGACAAGUUUCUCCUCUCCAUUGGGAAGCAACCGGCUUAUGUAGACUUGGAGGCCUCACCAGUGGUAGGUAAAGAUAAUCCCCCUGACCUAGCAGAUCUUGUGCCUUCUGGUGCAUUCUGUUCCUCAGAAGAAUCAGUUGAGAAUCCAACUCCUAAAGAUGCUCCUCAAGUCAACGUACCCAAAGAGAAAACAUGUCUACCAGAAGUGAAGGCUAAGCCCAAAGUUCAGAACAAGGGGGCAGAAAGUUCAGAGAGUAAAGUUCUUACUAAUAAUGGCCCAAAUGUUGAGAUAUUUGCAAGUGAUGUGCUUGAGGUCAUCUUCCCAUUGUUCCUGUCUGAGGCAUCAAAGAAAUUGAAUAUUAAACAGGAAGAGCUUACUCAAAUUUUAAAAUUAGAUGACUUUAAACGACGAGCUGCUCCAGAUCUGGAGAGUGUAACGAACAUGUUCAAAAACAUGGCAUACACUGCAGGAUUUCACGCUGGCUUUGAUACCAUGCUCAAGUCGGGUUUAGGUGGGAUGCCCUCCCGGAAAUAGUCGGUUACAUUGAUAUAGGAGACAGUGAGCUGAUUCAGUCAAUUUUUGUAUGCCCCUCGGUGUAAAAUCAAACCAUACCAUAUAUACUUAUUAUGUUGAAUGAUUCGAUCGAAUGUAUCACCUUAAGCCUUUGUGAUA